AUGGAAAUGAUUCCAAUUCUUGAAACUCCUAAUGAAUCUAUAAGAAAAAGAAAUGACAAUCAUCUUGAAAGUUUUAGUCUCAUUUGGCUUAAUAACAAUGAAGAUGUUGACAUCCAAAGAGAACUACGUAACAUAAUUAAUCAUAUUGAAACAUUUGAUGAUGUUGAAGAAUGUAAAAAUUAUAUUGAAAAAACAUCAGAAAAUGAUCGAUUAGUUCUUGUUACUAAUGGUGAAUUCGGUCAACAAAUUAUUCCUUCAAUUCAUCAAUUAAGACAAAUUUCAUCAAUUUAUAUAAAUUCAGACGAUAAACAAUGGACAAAUGAUUUUUCCAAGUUAAAAGGUAUUCAUACUGAAAUGGAUGAACUUAUUUCACAAAUCCAUGAAGAUCAUAAAAAUCCUCGAAAAAUAGAAGAACCUGUAUGGAUGAAUAUGUUUACAACAAUUAGUGAUGCAGGAAAGUCAACAACAGGAAUUAAUGGUCAAUUUGCAUUUUCUCAAUUAUUACUUGAUUGUCUUCUUCGAUUAAAAUCAAAUGAAAAUGAUCGAAAUGAAUUAAUUUCAUGUUGUGAAAAAGAAUAUGAAGGAAAUCAAAAUGAAUUAAGUCAUCUUCAUGAAUUUCAGAGUAGUUAUUCAUCGGAGAAUGUUUUAUGGUGGUAUACACGUGAAUCUUUCUUUUAUAAAACAUUAAAUGCGGCUUUAAGAAAAGAAAAUAUUCAUGUGAUUUACUUAUAUCGUUCAUUUAUUAUUGAUAUACAAAAUCAAUUAGAAAAUCAUCAAUGUCAAUAUGCUACUCGUGUCUAUCGAAGUCAACUAAUGUCAAUUAAUGAGUUAAAUUAUCUUAAAAAUAGUGUUGGACAAUAUGUUUCAGUUAAUUCAUUUCUUUCGACCAGUUUUCAAAAGGAAAUUGCAAAUUUUUAUCUUGGUGAUACAAAUCAUCGAUGGAUCGAUCUUGAAAAAGUUUUAUUUGAAAUUGAUGCUGAUCCAAAAGUUGUUACAACAAAACCAUUUGCUGAUAUUAGUCAAUUUAGUGAUUUUAGUGAUGAAUUAGAAGUUCUUUUUAUGCUCGGAUCGAUAUUUCGUUUGAAUUCAAUUAUUCGUGAUGAUGAAAAUCAAUUUUGGAUUAUUCACAUGUGUUUAAGUAGUGAUGACGAACAUAAUUUAAAAGAAAUUCUUAUGGAUAUGAAAAAUGAAAUUGGAAAUGGUGAAACAAAUCUUUGUAUUUUAGGAAAAGUUGUACGAAGAAUGGGACAUCUCGAUUUAGCGAAGAAAUAUUAUUAUCGUUGUUUAGAUGAACUAUCACAAAAUGAUCCUUUACUUCUUACUGUUUAUAAAGAUUUGGCUAAAAUUGCUUCUCUACAAAAAGAUUAUGAAGAACAUCUUCGAUUGAGACACGUUUUAGCGAAAAUUAAAGAGAAAAUACAAUUAAAUGAUAAUGAGAUUGAGACAAGUGAAAUAGAUAAAUUAACUUACAAUGACACAAUACAAAAACGAAAAUCAAAAAAUUAUAUGCGAUGUAAUUGGCAGUUAAAACUAUUGAUAUGUAGUUUUAUUCUUAUUUUGAUGAUUGGAACUGGAAUAUUUACAAUACGAUAUAUGAUUACAAAAAAGUCACCACAAUCUUCAAUAGAAUGGACAUUGACUUGUACGGAUGGUAUUAAGAACCAAGAUGAAACCGACGUCGAUUGUGGUGGUGCAACUUGCUCGAAAAGAUGUUUACCUCGGCAAGGUUCACCGACUUGCACGGAUGGUGCUAAGAAUCAAGAUGAAGCCGACGUGGAUUGUGGUGGUGCAAUUUGCUCGAAAAGAUGUUUAUCUCAGCAAGACUAACCAAAAGUCAAGAGAUGGAAACAAAAUGCCGUCACUGUGGCUGGUGGAAAUCGACACGGACAAGAAUUAAAUCAACUCAAUCGCCCUGAAGGAAUCUUCAUUGAUAAAAAGAAAAACAUUUUCAUUGCUGAUACUUAUAAUCAUCGUAUUGUUGAAUGGAAACAUAAUGUAAAAGAAGGACAAAUCAUUGCAGGUGGAAAUGGGGAAGGGAAUCGAAUGGAUCAAUUAUAUACGCCAUCAGAUGUGAUUGUUGAUCAACAAAACCAUUCGAUCAUUAUUGCUGAUAAAAGAAACAGACGAGUGAUUCAAUGGUUGAAUCAAAAUCAACAAAUUCUUAUUGACAAUAUUGACUGUUUUAGCUUGAUAAUGGACACACAUGGAUUUCUUUAUGUGUCUGAUUAUCAGAAGAAUGAAGUGAGACGAUGGAGAAUGGGAGAAUACAAUAAAGGAAUUGUAGUGGCAGGUGGAAAUGGAAAAGGAGACGAACUUAAUCAACUUAGUUAUCCUACUUUUAUCUUUGUUGAUGAAGAUCAAUCUAUUUAUGUUUCAGAUAAAUGGAAUCAUCGUGUAGUGAAAUGGAGAAAAGGUGCAAAAGGAGGAAGAGUGGUGGCUGGAGGAAAUUAUCAUGGAAGCGAUUUCGAUCAAUUGGAUCAAUUGUUUUAUCCUCACGGAGUAUUUGUUGAUGAUUUGGGUCAAAUCUAUAUGGCAGAUUCUGCGAAUGAUCGAAUAAUACGUUGGUGUGAAGGAGAAAAAGAAGGUGAAAUUGUUGUUGGUGCAGGUAUUCAAGGAAAUCAAUCAAAUCAAUUGAAUUAUCCCAUGGGUUUAUCUUUUGAUGAUGAAGGAAACCUUUAUGUUGGUGAUCUUUUGAAUGCUCGAAUUCAAAAAUUUGAAAUAAUUUUGUGA